GCGGCUGGGGCGGCUGCGGAUUUCGCUUUUGGUACGCGUUGACACGCACUGGCUAGUCCUCUGCUCUCUGUCGGAGACUACGUUGCGUUGUUAGUCCUUAGUGAUAGGAGUGGGAAUUCUUGGUGGGAAGAAUUUCCGAACGCGUGCGGUUCUUAGAGGAGGAAUGCGCGCCCAUAGAGAGUUGUGACUGUGGCGAGUGCGCAAAAGUUCUCGUCUCUUCUUCGGAACAGGCUUUUCAACCAGUUGUCCAUUUCCGUCCUUGACUAUUCGGAUAAAGACAACUUUGAAGAGCUUUUCGUUUUAGGUUUAAUUUGCCCCGUUUAGUUCUUUGACUCUUAGGGGAAGGGAAUUCACUGAAUGGCCAGUUGAGUUUCUUUUCCACAGGAGGGCGAUUGUGAAGCGGCGCUCAGAGGGGCUUGAGGCCCCCCACUUCCCACACGGAGACCUUGAAAGAGGUGUCCAGCUAUCCAUUGCCAAGAAGAAAUCUAUUCGUUUGAGCCUGAGGAACUCCUUCAGGUAAAAAAUUAGAAUGAAAGAACCUUUGGAUGGUGAAUGUGGCAAAGCAGUGGUACCACAGCAGGAGCUUCUGGACAAAAUUAAAGAAGAACCAGAUAAUGCUCAAGAGUAUGGAUGUGCCCAACAGCCAAAAACUCAAGAAAGUGAAUUGAAAAUUAGUGCUGUGUUUUCAGUUAGUGACAGACCUCUUGCCCAACAGUUAAACCCAGGCUUUCAGCGUUCUUUUGCAUCAUCUGGCCCAAGUGUAUUGCCUCCUUCAGUUCCAGCCGUUGCUAUUAAGGUUUUUUGUUCUGGUUGUAAAAGAAUGCUUUAUAAGGGGCAAACUGCGUAUCAUAAGACAGGAUCUACUCAGCUCUUCUGCUCCACAAGAUGCAUCACCAGACAUUCUUCACCUGCCUGCCUGCCACCUCCUCCCAAGAAAACCUGCACAAAUUGCUCCAAAGACAUUUUAAAUCCUAAGGAUGUGAUCACAACCCACUUUGAGAAUUCCUCUCUCAGCAAAGAUUUCUGCAGCCAAUCAUGUUUGUCGUCUUAUGCGCUAAAGAAGAAACCUGUUGUUACCAUAUAUACCAAUAGCACUUCAACUAAGUGCAGUAUGUGUCAGAAGAAUGCUGAUAUUCGGUUUGAAGUUAAAUAUCAAAAUGUAGUACAUGGUCUUUGUAGUGAUGCCUGUUUUUCAAAAUUUCACUCUACCAACAACCUCACCAUGAACUGUUGUGAGAACUGUGGGAGCUAUUGCUAUAGUAGCUCUGGUCCUUGCCAGUCCCAGAAGGUUUUUAGCUCAACAAGUGUCACGGCAUACAAGCAGAAUUCAGCCCAAACUCCUCCAUAUGCCCUGGGAAAGUCAUUGAGGCCCUCAGCUGAAAUGAUUGAGACUACGAAUGAUUCAGGAAAAACAGAGCUUUUCUGCUCUAUUAAUUGCUUAUCUGCUUACAGAGUUAAGACUGUUACUUCUUCAGGUGUCCAGGUUUCGUGUUAUAGUUGUAAAACCUCAGCAAUCCCUCAGUAUCACCUAGCCAUGUCAAAUGGAGCUAUAUACAGCUUCUGCAGCUCCAGUUGUGUGGUCGCUUUCCAGAAUGUAUUUAACAAGCCAAAAGGAACAAACUCUUCAGCAGUGCCCCUGUCUCAGGGCCACGUGGUUGUAAGCACACCCUCCUCCAGGUCAGCAGUGUCAACAGAAGGAGGUACCACCUCUGCCGUUUCCCUUAGAGCCGUCAGUUUCUCUGCUACAGCUGGCCUCCGGCCUCUCAGGCCUCUCACGGAACAAUCCCAGCAAGUUGCUUCAACCCAUACAGUUGUUAAACUCAAGUGUCAGCAGUGUAACUAUCUGUUUGCCACAAAACCAGAACUUCUUUUCUACAAGGGUAGAAUGUUUCUGUUUUGUGGCAAGAAUUGCUCUGAUGAAUACAAGAAGAAAAAUAAAGUUGUGGCAAUGUGUGACUACUGUAAACUGCAGAAAACGAUAAAGGAGACUGUGCGAUUCUCAGGGGUUGAUAAGCCAUUCUGUAGUGAAGUUUGCAAAUUCCUCUCUGCCCGUGACUUUGGGGAACGAUGGGGAAACUACUGUAAGACGUGCAGCUACUGUUCACAGACGUCCCCGAAUUUGGUAGAAAAUCGAUUGGAGGGCAAGUUAGAAGAGUUUUGUUGUGAAGAUUGUAUGUCCAAAUUUACAGUUCUGUUUUAUCAGAUGGCCAAGUGUGAUGGUUGUAAACGACAGGGUAAACUAAGCGAGUCCAUAAAGUGGCGAGGCAACAUCAAACAUUUCUGUAACCUAUUUUGUGUUUUGGAGUUUUGUCAUCAGCAAAUUAUGAAUGACUCUCUUCCACAAAGUAAAGUAAAUAUUUCUAAGGCGAAAACUGCUGUGAUGGAGCACCCUUCCGCAAGGACAAAUACAACACCAGUUAUAACCAGUGUGGUGUCAUUGGCACCUGCUGCUUCAUCUACAGGAAACGGUGUUUUAAAAGGUGCAGUUACCAAAGAGGCAGCAAAGAUCAUUGAAUAUGAAAGUACACAGGCAGAUGCUAUGAAACUUCCAUCUUCCCAGUCUUCCCAGCCUUCCAGACUUUUAAAGAACAAAGGCAUAUUAUGCAAGCCCGUCACACAGACCAAGGCCACUUCUUGCAAACCACAUACACAGCACAAGGAAUGUCAGACAGAUUUACCUAUGCCUAAUGAAAAAAAUGAUGCAGAACUUGAUUCUCCACCUUCAAAGAAAAAAAGAUUAGGUUUUUUCCAGACAUAUGAUACAGAAUAUUUAAAAGUCGGUUUUAUUAUCUGUCCUGGAUCAAAAGAAAGUUCACCAAGGCCACAGUGUGUCAUUUGUGGAGAGAUCUUACCCAGUGAAAACAUGAAGCCAGCAAAUCUUUCUCAUCAUUUGAAGACAAAACAUUCAGAAUUAGAAAACAAACCAGUAGAUUUUUUUGAACAAAAAUCUCUAGAAAUGGAAUGUCAAAAUAGUUCUUUAAAAAAAUAUUUACUAGUUGAAAAGUCACUUGUGAAAGCUUCUUAUUUAAUUGCUUUCCAAACUGCUGCAAGCAAGAAGCCAUUCUCCAUUGCUGAAGAAUUAAUUAAACCGUAUUUAGUAGAAAUGUGUUCAGAAGUUUUGGGUUCAAGUGCCGGAGACAAAAUGAAAACAAUUCCACUUUCUAAUAUUACAAUUCAACACAGGAUUGAUGAACUAUCUACAGAUAUUGAAGACCAGCUGAUUCAGAAGGUCAGAGAGUCAAAGUGGUUUGCCCUUCAGAUAGAUGAUUCAUCAGAAAUCUCAAAUAUCACACUUCUUUUGUGCUAUAUUCGUUUCAUUGAUUAUGAUUGUCAUGAUGUAAAAGAAGAAUUAUUAUUUUGCAUUGAAAUGCCUACUCAAAUAACUGGUUGUGAAAUAUUUGAACUAAUAAAUAAAUAUAUUGUUAGUAAAUCUCUGAAUUGGAAACAUUGUGUUGGUCUCUGCACCGAUGGGGCUGCAAGCAUGACUGGCAGGUAUUCUGGUUUAAAAGCAAAAAUUCAAGAAGUUGCUAUGAAUACAGCAGCAUUUACACAUUGUUUUAUUCACCGUGAACAUUUAGCCGCAGAAAAGUUGUCUCCAUGUUUACAUAAAAUUCUUUUGCAGUCAGCACAAAUUUUAAGUUUUAUAAAGAGCAAUGCAUUGAAUUCACGUAUGUUAACUAUUUUGUGUGAAGAGAUGGGGUCUGAGCACGUGAGUUUACCGCUUCAUGCUGAAGUACGCUGGAUAUCAAGAGGGAGAAUGUUAAAAAGAUUGUUUGAAUUACGACAUGAGAUUGAAAUAUUCUUAAGUCAAAAGCAUUCAGAUUUGGCCAAGUAUUUUCAUGAUGAGGAAUGGGUUGCAAAACUGGCCUACUUAUCAGAUAUAUUUUCACUUAUAAAUGAAUUAAAUUUAAGUCUCCAAGGAACUUUGACUACUUUCUUCAAUUUGUGUAAUAAAAUUGAUGUAUUUAAGAGAAAGUUAAAAAUGUGGUUGAAGUGCACACAAGAGAAUGAUUAUGACAUGUUCCCUUCAUUUUCUGAAUUCUCAAAUUCAUCAGACUUAAAUAUGACAGAGAUCACAAGGAUUAUUUUUGAGCACCUGGAAGGACUUUCUCAAGUGUUCAGUGACUGUUUUCCACCAGAACAAGACUUACGUUCAGGAAAUUUGUGGAUAAUUAACCCUUUUAUGAAUCACCAAAAUAAUAAUCUCACCGACUUCGAAGAAGAAAAGCUAACACAGCUAUCUUCAGAUUUAGGAUUGCAAUCAGUAUUUAAAUCAGUGUCUGUAACUCAGUUUUGGAUAAAUGCAAAGGCAAGAUACCCAGAACUCCAUGAAAAGGCAAUGAAAUUUUUAUUACCCUUUUCAACUGUUUAUUUAUGUGAUGCUGCCUUUUCAGCUUUGACUGAGUCAAAACAAAGAAAUCUGUCGGUUUCUGGCCCUGCCCUAAGACUUGCAGUCACAUCUUUAAUUCCACGGAUAGAAAAAUUAGUGAAAGAGAAAGAGUAGCAACAUGCACAUUGCUUAUCAGUGAAGUCAGUAAUUUUGUGUUAAGUUUUGUAUAAGUAUCCUAAAAAAUAAUUUCCUAAUGUGGAUUUGUGUUUUUGGUGAUUAAAUGUUUUAAUAAUUUUUC